UCGUACCUCAAAAGAGUCGAAAAAGGAGAGAUAGAGAAAGAAUGAUAAAUGCCAGCACAAGAGUUGUUGGGCCUUCUAAUGUCAUUCGCCAUCGAGCUGCACCGUAAUGAAAUAUCUCAUCUCUGGAGUUAUUUGGAUUUCCAUCACGACAAAAUGCGUUGAUUCAAAAGAUCUACGUCUUGCACUCCCACAAAGUAGUUCUAUCACUCCGCUUGGACUUGAUACUCAUCAGCUGCCAAGUGUAACAAAACUGCAAAAUAUAGAUCCGUCCUUUCAACAUACGCAUCAAAAACGACAACUUAGUAACCAAGGAAAUUAUGGAUUUCAGAAUCCAUUUUUCUCGUCUCAAGUAUCGCAAGGGAAACCUAAUAUUGUGUCCGCAGCUAACACACCAAUUGAGAAACGUGUUCAUCUAGACAGUUUACAUGAAGCUUCGUACCAUCAUCACCAUGGACAUCAUCACGGCCAUCACCACGGGCAUAAACACGGCCAUCAUCACCACCAUAAGCAUGGUCAUGAUCAUCAUUCGAAACAUCAUCACGACCAUGGGCAUAAGCAUGAUCAUGGUCACAAACAUCAUCACGGACAUGAUCAUAAGCACGGGCAUCAUCAUCAUGAAGAUCACAAACACGAUCAUGACCACAAGCACGAGCAUGGCCAUCAUCAUAAACAUGGGCAUCAUCAUCAUCAAGAACAUAAGCACAGUCAUCACCAUCAUCGACAUCACAAACAUGGACAUGACCAUAAACAUGAUCACAAACAUGGUCAUAAACAUGAGCAUAAGCACGAUCAUCAUGAAGACCAUCAUCAUAAGCAUGGCCACCAUCAUCAUUCCGAACAUAAGCAUCACGAAGAGCACAAACAUGAAGGAGAGCAUCAUCAUCAUCACAAACACUCUCAUCAUAAUGAACACCAUCACCAUCACGAUCAUCAUCAUAAAAAUGAGCAUCAUCAUCAUCAUUCACACAAGGAAACUGAAACUCAUCAUCACCACCACGGACAUGAACAUAAAAACGAUCACAAACAUGGACAUAAACAUGAUAAUCAUCAUCACCACGGCCAUGAUCAUCAUCAUAAGCAUGGUCACCACCACCAUCACGGACAUCAUCAAGAUCACCAUCACAAACAUGGUCAUGAACACAAGCAUGGUCACCACCACGACCAUAAACAUGGUCACCAUCAGGAGCAUAAGCAUGGCCAUCAUCACGAUCAUAAGCAUGGUCACCAUCACGAUCACAAGCACGGUCAUCACCAUGGACAUCAUCAUGGUCACCACCACGGUCAUCAUCAUAAACACGAUCAUGAUCAUAAGCAUGGACACAAAGAAGAACAUCAUCAUGGACAUCAUCAUGGUCAUCAUCAUCACCAUCAUCAGGAACACAAACACGAUCAUCAUGAAGAUCAUAAGCACAAGCAUGAACAUCAUCGAGAGCAUAAGCACCAUCACGGCCACAAACAUCAUCAUGAUCACCAUGAACAUCAUAAGCAUCAUGAACAUCACAAGCAUCACGAUGAUCAUGGGCAUAAGCACGAUCAUCAUCACGAUGAACAUCACAAGCACGAUGAGCAUCACCAUGCAGAUCACGGUCAUCAUCAUCAUCAUAAGCAUCAUGAAGAUCAUCAUCAUGCAGAAUUUGAAGAUCAUUCGCACAAGCAUUUCAAGAGUCAUAUCCAUGAUUUUGGCGCUUCACAUACUCAUGAAAAAUACGCACUUCCCGAAGGGGGAUUGGCAGUGUCGGAGUCUGCUAAUGUUAAUACUGAAGUUUCACCAACCACGACACCAGCAAAGCCAUUACUCAUUCAAAUAGUUUAAACAAAUACAUUUUUUACUGUGCAAUGUACGUGGAAUGUAUACUCAUUUAACACAAUUUUUUAAUAAAAGUUCCAAGUUUUUAGUCA